AAAGACGGCUUUGAUUUUGUAGUAAAUCUAUGCUUACUCAGCUUGCAACAAAUAAAUCUCUGUGAGAAGGUUAAAAAUCUGUACAGAUUAAGAAUCGAUAAGUGGACCAGUCGCAGUUCUUUUAAGAUCACAUAAUUGUAAGAAGAAUUCACAGCCAAAAUGUCGCAUAAAGUUGAGGAUAAAGAUAGACCUUCCUAUGCUUAUUUCUUUGGAUCCAUGGGAGCAGCAUCGGCAAUUGUCUUUUCAUCCUUGGGAGCUGCCUAUGGAACAGCCAAAUCAGGAACCGGAAUAGCAGCCAUGGCAGUGAUGCGACCGGAACUGAUCAUGAAGUCCAUUAUACCCGUGGUGAUGGCGGGUAUUAUAGCAAUUUACGGACUUGUUGUAUCCGUAUUGAUUGCCGGAGCACUGGCGGAUAAUUAUACUAUACGUAAAGGAUAUAUCCAUCUGGCCGCAGGACUGGCUGUGGGUCUAUCUGGACUGGCAGCGGGUUUUGCCAUUGGCAUUGUGGGUGAUGCCGGGGUGAGGGGCACUGCCCAGCAGCCACGCCUCUUUGUGGGCAUGAUUCUGAUCCUCAUCUUUGCCGAAGUCCUGGGUCUUUAUGGCCUCAUUGUGGCCAUUUAUCUGUAUACCAAGUGAAUAGGGGAAUAAAGAAUGUCUAAACUCUGCCCAAAAUAA